AUGUCUGCACUACUGCAACGGGCACCCGCCCUUCGUCUCCGGUCGACCCCUCUGGACCUCAGAGUAGCUGGAUCUCGUAGCUACGCAGUCCACGCUACAGCACCCACUAUCCCUCGACGAAAGGCUGCGGUCCCUCCGUACCAGAAGAUUCUGAAAAACUUUGAGAAUGUCAGAAGUAUUCUAGGAUCCCGAAAACUCACUCUGGCCGAAAAAAUCCUUUACGCACAUCUUGAAAAUGCGGAAGAAUCGCUCCUGACUGGUACCCACAAUGGGCAAAAUAUCCGUGGAGUUGCAAACCUCAAGCUCAGGCCCGACAGGGUGGCCAUGCAGGAUGCUUCUGCUCAAAUGGCUAUCUUGCAGUUCAUGACCUGCAACCUCCCAUCCACUGCCGUCCCUGCCAGCAUACACUGUGACCAUAUGAUUGUGGGCGAGAAGGGUGCGGACACGGAUCUACCCAACUCGAUAGCAGGCAAUAAAGAGGUUUUUGACUUCCUUGAGUCGGCGGGGAAGAAAUAUGGCAUGGAAUUCUGGCCACCAGGCGCAGGUAUCAUCCAUCAGACAGUAUUGGAGAACUAUGCUGCACCAGGUCUCAUGAUGCUUGGAACUGACAGCCACACACCAAAUGCUGGUGGCUUGGGGGCCAUUGCAAUUGGUGUCGGUGGUGCCGAUGCUGUUGAUGCUCUGGUUGACGCGCCCUGGGAAUUGAAAGCACCCAAAAUCCUUGGUGUGCGGCUUGAGGGCAAACUCAGUGGCUGGGCGUCUCCCAAAGACUUGAUCCUCCACCUUGCCGGUCUGCUCACGGUUCGUGGCGGCACUGGAUCCAUUAUCGAGUACCAUGGUCCGGGCGUCGAGACCCUGAGCUGCAGUGGCAUGGCAACUUCCUGCAAUAUGGGAGCGGAAGUUGGAGCGACGACGUCGAUAUUCCCGUUCUCAGAGAAUCAUAUUCCAUAUCUGCAAGCCACUGGAAGAGAAUCGAUCAUUGAUGCGGUCAAGGGAAUUGCAUAUGGGUCCGAGCAGUACAAUUUCCUGCGUGCCGAUGCUGGAGCACAGUACGAUCAAGAAAUAACGAUCAAUCUAUCCACACUCGAGCCUCAUAUCAACGGGCCUUUUACGCCGGAUUUGUCCACCCCGUUGUCGAAAUUCAAGGAAGCUGUCAAGACCAAUAGCUGGCCCGAUACCUUCUCCGCGGGCCUGAUUGGCAGUUGCACAAAUAGCUCCUAUGAAGACAUGACACGAGCUGAGGAUCUCGUGAAACAGGCACAGGCCGCUGGACUGAAACCAAAAUCCGACUUUUUCAUUACCCCUGGAAGUGAACAAAUACGUGCCACUCUAGAAGAGAGCAAGACAUUGCAAACUUUCACAAGUGCCGGUGGGACUGUUCUCGCAAAUGCUUGUGGACCCUGUAUUGGGCAGUGGAAACGGACCGAUGGCAUCAAAAAGGGCGAAGAAAAUGCCAUUCUCUGCUCAUACAACCGAAAUUUCCCUGGGAGAAAUGAUGGAAAUCCUCGUACGAUGAGCUUCUUGGCAUCUCCGGAAAUUGUCACGGCGAUGUCGUAUGGUGGCUCCACUUCUUUCAACCCUUUGAUCGAUGAAAUCCCAUUACCAUCUGGUGAGAAGUUCAAGUUUGAGCCUCCCAAGGGUACUCAACUUCCGGCUUCUGGUUUUGCAAUGGGUAAUCCUGCCUUCCUGCCUUUGUCUGCUGAGCCGGAUUCGAAUAUUCAAGUCGUGGUCGAUCCUGAAUCUGACCGCUUGGCUAUUCUGGAACCAUUCGAAGCAUUCCCCUUGGGUGAGCUCCAGAGAUUGAAAGUCCUAUACAAGGUCAAAGGCCAAUGUACGACCGACACGAUCUCGGCUGCCGGCCCGUGGUUGAAAUACAAGGGACAUUUGCCCAACAUCGCCGAGAACACCUUGAUCGGUGCCAUCAACGCAGCAACAGGAGAAACCAAUGUCGCUUAUGACAGUGAUGGUAGUAAAUCCACCAUCCCUGAGCUUGCAAAGAAAUGGAAGGCACAAGGCCAGAACUGGUUGGUAGUUGCAGAAGAUAACUACGGUGAAGGAUCUGCUAGAGAACACGCUGCAUUACAGCCCAGAUAUCUGGGAGGACAGGUGAUUUUGGCCAAAAGCUUUGCGCGUAUCCAUGAGACCAAUUUGAAGAAGCAAGGAGUUGUUCCAUUGACGUUCGGUAACAAGCAAGACUACGACCGCAUGGACGCGAAUGAUAAGGUGGACACCGAGGGUCUCUGGGACGUACUGCAGAAUCACGGCAAGGGCGAGAUCAACCUGAAAGUGUGGAAAGAAUCUGGUGAAAGUUUCACUAUUCCCGUCAAACACACUUUGAGCAAGGAUCAAUGUGCUUUCAUCCUGGCAGGAAGCGCACUGAAUCUUCUUGCAAAGCGUCACCAAUCUGGUUAA